GACCCUCCCCGGGGGGUGUGGGGUGUGUGGACGGGAUGGGACCCACAGCCCGGGAGCAGAGGCUGGAGGCUGAGCACCGUUUGGGAGGACGGGGCUGAGCGUUUGGGGCCGAGGAACAAUAGCAGCGCUGGAAAACAAUGGAGCUGCUGCACCUUCGCGCUUAGGGACCGGCGGCCGGACGCUCGGGAGAAAUCCCGGUUCCAAAAUAACGCCCGGGGCCAGAAGCCACCGACGCGGCGACCGGCGGGAGCCGGCACCGGGCACCGGGCACCGAGCCGAGGAUCUGCCAGAACCGGCUCCCAUGAAAGAGGAGCAGGAGGAUGGAUUACGGCGGCUGCGAGUACCUGGUUCCCUGCGGAAAAGACAAAUACAUCUCCAAAAACGAGCUUCUCUUACACUUGAAGACAUACAACAUCUACUAUGAAGGGCAAAACUUACAGCUGCGGCACCGGGAGGAGGAAGGCGAGCUGAUCGUGGAGGGGCUGCUCAACAUCUCCUGGGGGUUGCGCCGUCCCAUCCGCCUGCAGAUGCAGGACGACAACCAGCGCAUCCGCCCGCCGCCCUCCUCCUCCUCCUGGCACUCGGGCUGCAACCUGGGAGCCCACGGGUCCGUGCUGAAGCCCAGCACUUUGCCAGACAUCCAGGUCACGGAUGCAGAGCCCACACCGAACGCGGAGUCUCCCGGGAAUGGGGCAGCCACCAAGUCGCAGCCGGAGGAGACGCCGCAGCUGAUGCGGACGCGGAGCGACGUGGGCGUCCGGCGUCGGGGCAGCUCCCGCACCCCCAGCGAGCAGUGCCGCAUCCGCCGCCACCGCUUCUCCAUCAACGGGCACUUCUACAACCAUAAGACGUCCGUGUUCACGCCGGCGUACGGCUCCGUCACCAACGUCCGGAUAAACAGCACGAUGACCACCCCCCAGGUCCUCAAACUGCUGCUCAAUAAAUUCAAGAUUGAAAACUCGGCGGAGGAGUUUGCCCUGUACAUCGUCCACACCAGUGGAGAGAAGCAGAAGCUACGAGCCAGCGACUACCCCCUGAUCGCCCGCAUCCUGCAGGGCCCCUGUGAGCAGGUCUCCAAGGUCUUCCUCAUGGAGAAGGACCAGGUGGAAGAAGUCACCUAUGACGUUGCUCAGUACAUCAAAUUCGAGAUGCCCGUCCUCAGGAGCUUCAUCCAGAAGCUGGAGGAAGAGGAGGAUCGUGAAGUGAAGAAGCUCAUGCGCAAGUACUCCAUCCUCCGGCUGAUGAUCGAGCAAAGGCUGGAGGAGAUUUCUGAAGGUCCGACGGCGAUGUGAAAGGCUUCUCCAGCACCCCAGCUCCGGGUUGUGUCACAUGAAGAGCUGUUUGCCCACAGGACAUCCCCCACCAGAUCCCAACACCCCAACAUUCCCGGAGUGCUCCCGGAAUCUGCCUGGAUCCCUCUGGCUCUGAGCCAACCCGCAGCAUCUUCGGGGGGUUCCUCCUCUGCAAAAUGGGAUUUGUUCCCCGCGAGGCUCUGGCUGGUGGCGGCUCCGGUCGAAAACUCAAAUCCUUGGAAAUAACAGGGAAAAAAAAAGCAAAAAAAGAAAAAACAAAGAGGAAAUCCAUGAGCAGGGCGAAGCCGCUGAGGACGGGGCCGAGCGAGGGCUGCGGGUGACGGGGAGCAAGAAUUUGGGGCUCGGUUUGAAGAUGCUUCAGCGCCGGGUCCCGGCCGAGGACCCGCUGCUCGGUGGCAAGAGAGCACAAAUAAUUCCUCUUCUUUAACAACGAGAAAAAAAGAAAAGCACAUUUCUAUUGCAAUAAUUCGCAGGUGAUGGGAAGCGUCUGUCGAUCGAUGAGGGUCUGCUGAGAACUGGGGGGGUUUAACACUUUUGCUGCCCAAAGCAAACCUGGAGACUGACGGUCGGAUUUUUUUCCAGAACGUUCCCUUAACCUGCGUCUGGUCGCGUAACCUCCUCCUUCCCCCCUUUCUAAUUUGCACUAAUUUUAGGGAUUUUUUUAAAAAAAAACAAAACAAACCAUGAUGUCAAACCUCUCUGGUAGCUGUAACAUGCCAAAUAGCGCUCGCAGGAAGGAGCAGUUGAGGGCACUGAGCAUCUCCCAAGGGAUGCUGUACGGGAAGAGGGGGUGGCAGGAGGAGGGGGAGGUGGAAAUAAAGAGGAUUUUAAUUUGCAAAUUGGUUUUGCAGCGGUGCCGGCACAUCGUCCCGGUGAAACUGGGACCAGGACUGGCUCCCUUCUCACCAUCACACCUGGAAAAAAACCCCUCUUUUCCUCCUGGGCUAAACCAGCAAUAUCAAUUUUAUACCUCGAUGUGAACUAAAACUCUGACUUUCUCCCUCCCUUGACUUUUUGCAAUGUAACUUUGUAAUUUUUUUUAUUUUAUUUUAAUGGUACCUUUUCCACCUUUAACACGUGUUAGGGAAAAAAAUUCUACAGCGAGAGAAGCUUUUUAUGUAUUUGAAGGAUGACCGUGGCAUUGCUUUGUUGAUUAACAAGAAAACAAAAUAUGUAGCAACUUAAUACAGAAUGAAAACCCCUGA